CGGUGCGCUUAUCUGUCGAUGCUUUCGUUGUUGUCAUCGCGGCCGUCGUCUUUCCCUGAUCGAGAUUUUGUCUAACGGCAGGGUGACUGGUGAGGUCUGGGGCGAUAUCCAGCUAUGGCUGCCGCUGCAGCAAUGAGCAUUCCUGCGGCUGCCGCUCUGGCUUCCGCGGCAGCCGGUGUGGUGUCGCACACGAAGCCAUCGCGUGCGUCGCUGACCAGAGCUGCCGUUCGUCGCGACAGCUGUGCGGCGGAUCCCAUCGGCUUCCUGGCGCUCUCAAGAGCCGAGCAGCAGCAGGAGUGCUUCGGCGCCGCACAACGAGCGGCUGUCGCGACACCGCUUGCGGCGCGCCUGCUAGCGCGUCGCGCAGUUGGCGGAGAUGAUCGAAAUCAGCUGACGUCGCUCGACGGCCAGGAGGAGGGAGAAGAGCAGGACCAAUGGGAGCAAGAACUGGGGAAUGGGAACGGUGGGGACCCCCACCAGACCAUCAUUACUGUAGAAACCCGCAGGUCGUUCUUGACUGCAUCCGCCUUCCUUGCAGCGGGGGGAAGCAGCCUCUUUGCUGUUCCAGACGCCCAAGCAGGCAAGCGUAAGCCUCCCCCACCCCCCCAGCCCAAGGAUGAUGACCUUCAGGGCUUGAGCGCUUACGAAGCGAAGCUGUUGGCCAAGCAGAAGCGCAAGGAAGAGAUGAAGGCUGCUCUGCAGGAGAGGUUGGAGAAAGCCAAGCUUAGGGAAGAAGCAGACGCAGCAGCUGUAAAGUCACAGAGUGCGAAGAUAGGUCGCGCUGCUCCCGCCGCGGCCCCGGUGGCAGCCGAGCCGCAAGAGGCACCUGCCCUCGAAACAACCCCCGCCGUCACUGUCGAACUCGAGCCUGUUAUUCAAUCGGAACAACUUCCUAAGGUCUAGGGAUCUGCAUCCAGCAGCUGGCUGAUGGCUAUUUAUAGAUUCUCCCUGCAUUCUGUUCCAGUCAAGCACCCUGUCUGACCUGGAGUUGUCAGAAUGUGCAUUCUUUGCAGAGCGACUGACCUCUCAUAUCCUCCAACGCGCUCUCCUUCAGCACCCGCUUUACACCCAGUGGAUGUUAGCUUGAGGGAGUAGGAGGGUUGGGAGCAUGCUUCUGAGCUAUCAAGGCAAAUUGGAUUAUUUAUUGACUCGUCGACUGGAGUAUUGUAAUCGGGUUGAUGCUCCCCGUAAAAUGAGUAAUAACUGUACAAUAAAUUAUAGAUUAUGAUUAUGAAAAGUUUUUAAAAAGUCGAUAAGAAGAACAGACAUGUACACACACUUUCUCCCACAUCCUAGUUCCGUUCCAUGUGUACGACUGUCCUGCUUCCUUCCCUUCUUUUUUUCACCAGAAGCAGUCAAGUCGUUGCCCCUGCUUCUGGUUCUUUAACAGUUAAAAAAAAAAAAAAAACUAAUAUAAAUGACAAAGCAAUGACCACACCAGCGCAAGAAUUGACAGUGCUUUUGUCU